AUGGGCACCAAAUUUGCUGUCAAUUGGCACCUGAAUGCCGGAAUACAGAGCCAAUACGUGGCCACCGGUCUGUCCGUUGACAAUAUGAUGGGCAACGACUCGGUCACCGAAUGUAUACUAAAUAGGGAUAACGGAGCGCCUGUUGAGCGCCAGGGGCUCACAUUUGGUGGCGAGGAGUUCGGUGUAAAUACCGUACAAAUGGAUGGUAUCUCUGAGGUUAAGACCAGUUAUUCGGAUGAUAUGUUGAGUUGCGAGUGGACCCGAGCCAUACAAACCCACGUAAAUGACCUGGAGUUUGAUUUGACCAAGAAUAGAGAUUUAUUGCACCACAAAAAGGACUGGGUGUCUACAGAAGCUUAUAAUUUGAGUUCAAGUAAGUCGGUAGCGGUGGGAACGACAUCCGGUACCCAGACAUCUGUAACUAACGGCGCGACCGGACGGACACAUAAUUCAAUAAUAAUAGCAUUGAGUGCAAUGACAGACCUGUUAUCACACGGAUUCUCAAAUGGAUUCAUCAAUAUUUUCCAAACUAAACUCAAUGUCCAGUUUUGUAGUGAGGGGUGUCGGUGCUCUCACGUAAUCCCCAAAAACAAACUCCAGUUCCGCCAUAUGACAGAUACCUUCAACACUGCUCCGACAACCCGACGACUUUUCAAAGUUCAUACUCUGAUACGUCCAUUCAUACAAAUAGACACCAUUCCCAUCAUCGGCACUGAUACCUCUAUUAUAAUGAUAGCUAUCAAAGGCCUGGCGUGUAUUAAGGGGUAA